CAACUUCUAAGCGUCUGCCAUAAACAAGAUAUAGUAUUGUAUCAAUAUCAACAUAAAUUGGGCUAGAUGGGCCUAUCUAACAAUGAAGUACUGUGUCACGAUGAGCAGACGGCACUCAUGAGGAAAGUAGAGCUUGGCACAGGUUCAAAUAUUUUUACACAAGGAUGAUAUGGAGUACUUGAGUAAAGUGAAUUAAGGCAGGCUAAAUAGGCAAGGCUACAGAAACUAGGGGAACGCCAAUGUGGUCAUAUCCUUGAUUGAACACCAACUCUGUUGCUUGCACUUGAUGGCUGGAAUGACACUCAGAUUAUCAUGACAAUGCAGAAAGAGGUCUAUACAAAUGUACUGGCUGAGGUAAACCCAGAAUUCAUACCUGACAAUUUUGACAAUUUAGUCAAAUUUAUUGAGAAGGAUUUUGGAGUGUCAAUCCAAAUAACUUACCGUGAGGGUAGUCCUGUUUAUCAUUUUUCUGGAAGUCUUCAGUCCAUACAGACUGCAGAAUCGAGACUGAGAAAAACCAGGCAAGAAGGGUUAGACAAGACAUCUUCAGAACCAUACAAAUGCAAGGAAGUUAGCGGAUGUGGUAGGGAAUCAACAGGAGGAAAGAUUGUCGAUUCCAAAGCAGCAAGACUAUCUUUGAGUGGGUUUCAAAAGGAAAAAAAUCCUGAAACUGAUACUCAGCUGAUUGUAAGUGAUGCUGACAAUAGCAGCUCUGUAUUGGACAAGCAGAGCACAAUUGAUUCAGAUCGGAUAAGAGGAUCAGGGGUUGGAGAAGAUGAAGAGGUUUCAAAGUCAUCAGCAGCAUUUAGAUAUUCAUCAUAUGGUGAACCAUCACUAACCAAUCCUAGAGUUCGUGGUCCACCAGAUUUUUCAAGAGAAUCAACAAAUUUGUUGACAGAGAAACAUAAUGAAUCUACCUUGUCCUUCAAGACACCAUUAAAACGUCAUAAAGUUUCAGUGUACAAUGGAGAUUUAACUAAGGUUAAGGUUGAUGCAGUUGUUUGUGCUACCAACUCUUACCUAGCACCUGGUGGUGGUGUUUCAAAGGCCAUUGCCGAAGCUGGAGGAUAUAAAGUGAAAGAAGAUGCACGGCAAUACGUUGAUAAAAAUGGUCCUCUUUCCACAUCUGGAGUCAUCCAUACCAGAGGAGGUCGUCUACCAUCUAAAUAUGUAAUUCAUGCUGUUGGGCCUGAGUGGAAGAAAUACAAAAGUGAAAAAAACUGCUUGAAAACCUUAAAAGAAACGUUCCUCAAUUGUUUUAGGUAUGCAGAGAAAGACCUUGAGGUUACACAGAUAGCACUACCUCUUAUUAGUUCAGGACUAUUUGGUGUGCCAAUUGAAAUGUGCUCCAAUUCUUUGUUUGAGGCAUUAAUGGAAUUUGACCGUGAAGCUUGUCGGAAACUGGACAUACACAUUGUUGAUAUAAAGGUUGAGUCAGUGAAGCUUCUUCAGAGUCUCUUCGGUGGCUUCCUCAAGUCUUAUUCUAUUCCAUUUGAUAAGAAAGAAAUUGACCCAUCACCAUUCAGAAGUGCCACCAUACAGAGAAGUGAUGUCAGCAGUGGUGCAAGUUCUGACUAUGCACUGUCAUCUCCGAAUCUCUCCAGAUAUAAUAGAGCUAUGUUGACAUUUAAGACACCAUCAAAACAUCAUAAAGUUUCAGUUUACAGCGGAGAUUUAACUAAAAUUAAAGCUGAUGCUAUUGUUAAUGCUGCCAACUCCUACCUGGCACAUAUUGGUGGAGUUGCGAAGGCUAUUGCUGAAGUUGGAGGAUAUCAAGUAAAAGAGGAAUCUGAUAAUUACAUCAAGAGAAAUGGUCCUCUUUACCCAUCUGAAGUCACUUAUACCAGAGGAGGGAAUCUGCCGUCUAGAUAUGUAAUUCAUGCUGUUGGACCUGUGUGGAAAGAGUACAAAAACAAAAGAGAAUGUGUGAACACCUUGAAAGAAACUUUUAUAAAUUGUUUUCGUUAUGCAGAAAAAGACCUGUAUCUAACGCACAUAGCCCUUCCACUCAUUAGUUCAGGAAUAUUUGGAGUGCCAACAGAUAAAUGUGUCAAAGCUUUGUAUGAUGCAUUAAUGGAAUUUGACCAACAGCUUAGUCGACAACUAGACAUACACAUUGUUGAUACAAGUUCUGAGUAUUUACAGACACUACUAUGUGAACACCUCAGAUUGAAUUCAGUUCCAUUUGAAAAGAAAGAAAGUGAAACAUCGCCUCCCAGAAGUACUGUAUACAGUAGUGAUGUUACCGAUUGUGCAAGAAAUGGUUAUGCACAGUCCUAUUAUGCAGAUUCUUCUCGUUCAAUAUCUAAGAAACACACCCCUGUUGUGAAGGAUUUUCAAGUUGAAGGUGUGAAGAAGACAAAUUUCUCCUUCAGAAAAGGGGAUAGUGCACCGACAAUUUCUUUGUUGAAUACCACUUCAGAUACGGCACGUAGACAAUACAAAGAGACUAGCCAUGACAGUAAUUCUGGUAUUAGAAACCAUGAAAAAGCUGGUCCAAUGAAAGCAGUCCUGAGUAACCAAGAAGCAUUAGUGAAAGCCAAACUAGAAGAGUUUGAACGCAAAGGUUGCCCGCCAAAUGAAUUUCGAGAAAUGCAGUACUUUCUUGAUAAAGUUUAUCCAAUAGUAUUAAAAAAAGGCAAAUUAUUUAAGAACCAAGACAAACCUUCUAGUCAAAGAGCAGAUUCAAUGGGUUCACCAUCUAGUGAGAGACAGUCAAGGCGUGAUUCUAAAAAUAUUGUGAAUAAAGAAGGCUCAAGUUCAAGGAGGAGUCAAAGUUUAGAUAGUCGUCGUCCACUUGAUAGAAGUGAAAAAGUAACUGCAAAGGAUUUGAAUAAGAAUUUGGAUAUGACCUCUAAACAAGAAUCAGGUUUUGCCAGAGAUAGUUCCAGACAUCAAAGGAGUGAUUCUAGCAAAAGUAAGAAUAAAGGAGGUUCGAGUUAUAGAAGUCAAAGUGUUGAUAGACGAGGUGAAAGUGAUAGGAUAAACACAACAGAUUUUGAUAGACGUUUAUAUAAGAAUUUUGAACAAGAAACUGGUUACACUGGAAAUAAUUUCAGACAGCCAAGGAGUGAUUCCAGAAAUAAUGGUGGCUCAAGUCAUAGAAGAAGUCAAAGUUUAGAUAGACAUCAUCAGCAAGAUAGAAAUGAAAAGGUAAACACAAGGAAUUUUGAAAGGAAUUUGAAUAUUAAUUCUGAACAAGAAGCAAGUUUUCCUACAAGUAGUGUCAGACAAUCAAGGAGUGAUUCUAGCAAAAAUAAGAAACGGGAAAGCUGGAGUUUGGAUAUAGUUCAUCAAAAGAACGUAGGAGAGAUAGUUGAGAAAACAGAUACUGGUAGGGAUGUUGCUGUGACUUCUCAACACAAGUCAUACAUAACCAAAUGUUGUCAGUGUAAUGGACGAGAAAAACUUACCCAACGCAAAGAUUGUGAACAUAUGAUUUGUCAAAAAUGUCGAUCUAUGGGAUAUAAAAGAAAUUGCAGGUUUUGUGAACGUUAUAAGACUGCAAAUGGUGUUUUGAAUGGAAGUAAAACAACAAAAGGAGUUUCCCCAUCUGCUGAAGACAAAAGAGACAUUAAGCUUGCCCCAAAAUUUGAAUCACCAAUUGACUCAAUCAAUGUGUUAAAGGACACCGAUGCAAGAAGGCGGCGGAGAGAAAAACAAAGCUUGAACCAAACUCCAAGGACUGAGUCACCAUCACCAAGGGAGUAUGCUGGGGCUUCCACUUUUGAUGAAAUCCGAAGACAAUCUCCAAGCAAGGAAGACAAUUACAAAGAUAUCUUCACACAACCACGACAAGUAGCAGGAGAUUGUCCGAUUUGUAUGGGGGACUUCGAAGACCCUGUGGCGUUACACAAAUGUGAUCAUAUUUUCUGUAGAAAAUGUAUUCAACAUGCGUUUGAGAUUAAGCUUGCUUGUCCAAUAUGCGGCUACCUCUAUGGGAGUUUAGUUGGUGAUCAACCAGAUGGAACGAUGGAAGUUCGAACAAAGUCACUUACUCAAAGUUUACCGGGUUAUCCGAAUGUUGGGAUAAUUUCCAUUACAUAUGAUAUUCCCUCCGGAAUUCAGAAUGAGCUGCAUCCAAAUCCAGGGGCAGAAUACAAGGGUACAUUACGAAGGGCCUACUUGCCUGAUAAUGAUGAAGGUCAAGACAUUUGUAGAUUGUUGAAGAAAGCAUUUGAUGCGAAACUUACGUUCACAGUUGGUCGGUCUGUAACAACAGGUCAAAACGACACUGUAACCUGGAAUGACAUUCAUCACAAGACUCGUACGACAGGUGGCCCGUCACAAUUUGGCUACCCAGAUGAUUCUUAUCUACAACGUGUGAGGGAGGAGCUGGCUGCCAAAGGCAUACGCUGAGUUCUAUAAAAUAUGAUUACUGUAACAUAUGUACAAGUAAUAUUGAUGUUAUGAUAGUGUAAAACAUAAUAUUUUUUUUUAAUCAAUAAGAUCUUUUGGAAAAUUGAUAUCGAUAUUUUUAUGAGUGUGUGAAAAAACCAGUACAACAAGAAAUUGAUGAUGUAAAAAUUGAUUAUAUAGAUUGAUCUAAAAUGACAAUAACAUUGUUAUGGACCCUGUAAAGAAAUGUGAUUUCAGUCAUAUGAUUUGCAUGUGUUGUUAGUAAUGUGUUCUGUAAAUAAUAUUUGGGGCCAGCAAAUCUGAGCUUCACUUUUACUGAAGUCAAAGACUUUCAUGUGUAUAAUUCGGUUAUUUGUGGAGAAAUUGUAUAUUGAAAAUCUAAAGAUGACUGUAGCCUUCCUUAUGAAUGUAAGUAUGACAAAAUGUAAGUACAAACCAUGAUUUUUGUGGACUAUGAUGAUCAAAUGCAAUAGUAGAUAUACUAUUUUUUGUUUUACUACUUUGGGCAGACGAAACCUUCUGGUCACGCUAGUUUUUGUAAUUUUUUGACCGCUUUUACCUUAAUGAUAGAAGUGCCUUUCUAGCUUAGGUGCCUCCCUCAGUAAAUGCCGUACCAUUAAUGAUUUAAGCGUUGCCCGAUCAAGUUUGAAUUGUCUCGGUGCUUAAUCGAGAUUACAUACCAAAUACGCUUUCUGUUGUGUUAAAUCGCUGUGGUGUUAAUUGGAUGUACGAUAUUUGUAGUUUUAAUUUGGAGAAAU